CACACAUAUACACACAUUUUCUCUCUUUUUACCAUUUAUUUGCCAUUUUUUGUAUAGUUAAUUGAUUAUAGUUCGUUACGUUUAAACAUGGAAAAGGAUAUGUAUAUUCCGGCCUUUUAUGCUGGUCGUAGCAUUUUCAUUACUGGUGGCACUGGUUUUUUAGGAAAAGCGCUCAUCGAGAAGCUCCUGCGCUCGUGUCCCGAUAUCGCAGAAAUAUUUGUACUAAUAAGGCCAAAAAAGGGACUGAGUAUUAAUGAUAGACUUAAAAAAAUUUUAGAUAACAAGCUUUUCGACAAAUUACGAAACGAACAACCAUCCAGUUUUGAUAAAAUCAUCCCCAUAAUUGGAAAUGUAGCUGUUGAAAAUUUAGGAUUGCUAGCCGCUGACCGCGAUAUCUUGAUUGACAAAGUAUCCAUAAUUUUUCAUGUUGCUGCUACCGUUAAAUUUGAUGAAGGAUUGAAACAAGCAAUUUUCAACAAUACCAGAUCAACACGUGAUAUUUGUAUCUUGGCCGAAAACAUGAAAAAAUUGAUAGUUCUUUUGCACGUUAGUUCAACAUAUACGCAAAUUGACAAAUCUGUAGUGGAAGAAAUUUUAUAUCCUAUCGAAUAUAACUGGAAAAAAAUGAUAAAAAUUGCUGAGUCCACACACAUCGACGAACAUGUCCUUGGAACAUUCACUGCAAAAACCCUAGAAACGGUGCCAAACACUUAUAUUUUUAGUAAAAGAAUGGCUGAGCAAAUAAUAAGCGAUUAUUCAAAAUCGUUGCCAUGUGUUAUCGUAAGGCCUUCAAUCGUUAUAUCAACAACAGAUGAUCCAGUGAAAGGAUGGAUUGACAAUUUCAAUGGCCCAAUUGGUAUGCUUAUAGGAGGCGGCGUUGGCAUAUUACGUGUGCUACGGUGCAAUCCUACUAUUGUUUCAGAUUUCAUGCCUGUUGACGCAGCCAUUAAAGCUCUCAUAAUUGCAGCUUGGAAACGUGGAGUUAAUACUGAGAACAAAACACACACAAUUGAUGUCUAUAACUGCUCUUCAAAUGGUAUAAAGCCUAUAGACUUAGAAAAUAUGGUUCGUAUAGGCCUCAAUCUUACAAAGGAUGUACCUUUGAAUAAUGUUAUUUGGAAACCAGGAACAAAAAUAACAACAAACUUUUAUGUGUAUUACGUAUUAGUGUUAUUUUUGCAUAUCUUUCCAGCAGUUAUUUUAGAUGGCGUUAUGAAAUUAUUUAGUGUGCGCCCAUUCUUGCUCCGAUUGCAAAGAAAAGUCUACGUUUCUAACAGCGCUUUGUCAUAUUUUUUGCUUAAUGAAUGGAAAUUUCAUAACGUAAAAUUUUUAAAUAUACUUGAUAACCUCAGCGUCAAUAAUAAAAAGGAAUUUGGAUAUGCUUAUCAAAGUAUUGAUGCAUUGGAAUACUUUAAAAAUGGAAUAAUUGGUGCAAAAAUGUAUUUGUUAAAUGAGAAGAUGGAUGACUUAGAAAUAGCCAAACGUCACUAUAAAAGAAUGGAAUGGAUUGAUACAAUAACCAAGAUAUUAUUUAUCGUAAUCAUUUUAUGGAUACUUUAUCGUAAGAAUAUAUUCUGUGAUAUUAUAAAUAUAUUUUAAUAUAUAUUUAUUUACCAUC